CUCAAAACUUAGCGAAGUGUGCGAUGUGUGCACGUGCGUUUCAAAAGAGCAAAGAGCAAGAUAAUUUUAUAAAUCAUCAUGGUUUUAUCUUGUUGUGUGUGCGGUGCAGAGUAUAAAAUGAAUGCAUAUCGAUCGUUUCAUACUUUUCCCAAAAAUGAAGUUAAAAAAGCAAAAUGAUUUUUAGCUAUUGGAAAAGAAGUAAUGUACAAAAAUGCUGUUGCUUGCAGUGAUCAUUUUAUAAUGAGCGACUUUAUCUCUAUAACAGGAUGUUUAUUGUCACGAAGGCGAUUAAAAAGAGACGCAGUUCCUUCAAUUUUGCAAAUGAAUUCACAAACAGAUCAAACAAAUUUGCACACGAGUAUGGAAUCACCAAAAAUUGUCGAGAAUUCACAAGCAGAUCAAACAAAUUUGCACACGAGUAUGGAAUCAUCAGAAAUUAUCGAGAAUUCACAGUCAGAUCAUAUAAAUGACAUGAAUAAAACAAAGAAAAGGAAACUGACUACAUCUUUGCUGUCACGCAAAAGGUUUAAAGUCACUAUAAAUAAUCAAUCAGAAUGGCUUUCAAGGAACGAUUGUACAUCGCAGAAAAGUUGGGAGAAAUUUUUAUACUUCGUGCAAAGUACGAGAAUGCACAAAAAUACUGUAUUACAUAGAGAUAGACGAAUGAAAAAACGUACGAUACGGAAUAUUCCAGCAUAUUCCGGUUCCACGCGUUCCUGUGGAACAAAUCGCUAUGAUUGGACGCUUUUAAUACAAGAGACCAAUCAUAGUCGAAGCACUUCUACAUAAGCAGAUCUUGUAAAGCUGUCAUUUAAGAGAUGUGCAUUAUUCAUACAAAGUUUAUAAAAUAUAUAUCAUUGCGUGAAGUGUUAUAUUCUGAUGUUUUAAACAUGAGUUCUUGCGAAAAGGAAUUUAAAAAAGGAAAAAAACGGAAGAGAACACAAAAUACCUCAAAAGAACAAUACGAACUCUAUUUGUCAUUUUUGGAAAACGAUUACGCCUUUAGAAGCGGAACAAUAAAUCCCACUUUGAGCGAUAAUUAUAUUCCUCAAAAAUAGGAAGAGCGUUUAAUUUAUCAAAUAAAUUAAACGCAAUAGGUGAUGGUCCAAACUUAACUCCUGAUGAAUGGAAAAAAAGAUUUACUGAUUGGAAAUAUGCUACCCGUAUAAAAUAUAGAAAGAAAUGUCAGCAUAGAUCUCAAACAGGCUCUGGUCCCCAAUCAGACAUAACUCUGAGUGAACUUGAAGAACGUGCGCUGUCUGCGUGGGGUAAAAUUGUUGUUACUGGUAACAAUGAUGUCACGCAAUAUGAAGGAUUGGAAGUUACAUCGAAUAUUAACACUGAUGGGACUAAUAUGGACAAUACUAUUUGUGAUAAUAUAGAAAAUAUUACCACAGAUAAUACUGCAGCGAAUAUAAAUAUACAGUAUAUAGAAGAUGAUAACUUAACAUAUAAUGUCAAAGAUAGCAUAAUACUCACAGAUGAGAAUGCAGAAAAUUUAUUCAAUGAAAGCGUCUCCCAAAAUAAUCCUACCAUUAAUAUAGAAACAGUUUCGAAAGAAAUAACUACAAAAACUCCCAAGAGCGGUACCACUAUGACUUCAAAAAAAAGGUAUUCAGUUCCCAGAGUAAAACCAUUAUCGGUACUGACAGAAAAAUUGCUUGAGAGUAAUGUUGAAUCGUCAAAAACUAUGUCUGAAUUUAAUAAUAUUUUUAAACAAUUUACGGAGAAUUAUAUUAAUAUUUUAAAAAAGAACUUGGAAUACAAGAAGAAUAAAUUAGAUUUUACAAUUGCGAAAUUUAAAUUACUUAAUCCAGGAUUUGAAUCCAUUGAUAAAAACAUGUAAUUUAUUAAUCAUUAACAGCGCUUAGAGUUAGAUUAUUCCUUUUUUCAUUAUUGUUCUUUUUCAAAGAUUAGCUAAACUGUUUGAUUUUUAAGUAUACUUUAUUUCAUUUGACUGUAAUAUCAGAUGUGCAAUCACAUUGUUUUAACUUAACGUUCAUUACAAUAAAAGUAUUAUUUAUUUUUUGUAUAUACAAUGUUUAUUUGUUAAUACAAAUGACGACAGACAUUAUUUAUUUUUUGUAUAUACAAUACAUGUACAAUGUUUAUUGUAAGCACAAAUGAUAAAAUAAAUAUUACUUAUAAAU